AUGCAUGCCAGAAACCCCCAUUCUCCUUUUCAAAGACUACAUAUGAUGGAUUGCGAUCUUUCAGCUCAGCAGGACACAGGGACCAUGCAAGCUGUAAUUGGUCAGGAUCCAAUGAUAGCUGGACAAGUCAGUAAGCCCUUGCUGUCACUGCAGAGUGAAAUGAAUGCAGAGUUGAGAGGUGAGGACAAGGCAGCUACUUCAGACAACGAGCUGAAUGAGCCCCUGCUUGCGCCUGUGGAAUCAAAUGACAGCGAGGACACUCCCAGCAAGCUCUUCGAGGCCAGAGGAAGCACAGUGCUGCCUGAGACAAGCCCAGCAGACCAGCACCAACCCAGUCAGUCUCAUCCUGCAUUCCCUGUUGGGCCUCAGCCAUUACUGACUGCCCAGCAGUUGGCCUCAGCAGUAGCAGGGGUGAUGCCAGGAGGCACUCCAGCCCUGAACCAGCCCAUCCUUAUUCCUUUCAACAUGGCUGGGCAGCUGGGGGGCCAACAAGGACUCGUCCUAACUCUACCUACAGCAAAUCUCACCAACAUCCAAGGACUGGUAGCAGCAGCUGCAGCAGGAGGCAUCAUGACUUUGCCAUUGCAAAACCUACAAGCUACCUCAUCCCUGAACUCCCAACUUCAACAGCUUCAGCAUCUUCAGCAGCUCCAGCAUCAACAGCAACAGCAGCAAGGUCAGCAGCAGCAACAGCAGCAGCAGCAAAGCCAGCAGCCACAGCAAGGUCAGCAGGCACAGACUCCACAGCCACCCCAACAGACCCAGCAGCCACAGACACAACCAUCAGCAGCACCGCAGCAGAACCAAACACAGUCUCAGAACCAGAGCCAACCUCCUUCAGCCCCACAGUCCUCCAGCUCUCCUCAGAAACCCAGCCAGUCACCAGGACAUGGCCUUCCAUCUCCUCUUACUUCACCAAAUCCAUUGCAGCUGGUUAAUAAUCCACUAGCAAGUCAAGCAGCAGCGGCUGCAGCAGCAGCAGCCAUGGGCUCAAUAGCAAGCUCCCAGGCCUUUGGCAAUGCUCUCUCCAGUCUUCAAGGGGUCACAGGCCAACUCGUCACUAAUGCACAAGGACAGAUUAUUGGAACAAUCCCACUGAUGCCUAAUCCAGUCCCCUCCAGCCAGGCGGCAGGUGGAGCUCAGGGACUUCAGGUGCAGCCGAUAACUCCACAGUUAUUGACCAAUGCCCAGGGUCAGAUCAUCGCCACCGUCAUCGGCAACCAGAUACUCCCAGUGAUCAAUACCCAGGGAAUCACACUAUCGCCACUCAAACCAGGCCAGCAGCUCCAUCAGCCCUCCCAGACGCAAGUGGGACAAGCAGCCUCACAACCCAAUCUCCUGCAUUUGGCUCACAGUCAAGCAUCUAUGUCUCAAAGCCCAGUGCGUCAGGCUUCCUCUUCUUCCUCCUCAUCCUCCUCCUCUUCAGCUUUGAGUGUUGGCCAGUUAGUCAGCAAUCCUCAAACAGCCACUGGAGAGGUGGAUGGGGUGAAUCUGGAAGAAAUCCGAGAAUUUGCCAAAGCUUUUAAAAUCCGGCGCCUGUCCCUUGGCCUGACACAGACUCAAGUUGGCCAAGCCCUAAGCGCCACUGAAGGCCCAGCCUAUAGCCAGUCUGCCAUCUGCAGACACACCAUCCUGAGAAGCCACUUUUUCCUACCACAGGAAGCCCAAGAGAACACUAUAGCUAGCAGUCUGACAGCCAAACUGAACCCUGGCCUUUUGUAUCCUGCCAGGUUUGAAAAGCUGGACAUCACCCCUAAAAGUGCCCAGAAGAUAAAGCCGGUGCUUGAGCGGUGGAUGGCUGAGGCUGAGGCCCGCCAUCGAGCAGGGAUGCAGAACCUUACUGAGUUUAUCGGAAGCGAACCAUCCAAAAAGCGCAAGAGGCGCACCUCAUUCACGCCACAAGCCCUUGAGAUCUUGAAUGCCCACUUUGAGAAGAACACGCACCCCUCUGGGCAAGAAAUGACAGAGAUUGCAGAGAAACUGAACUAUGACCGGGAAGUAGUUAGAGUUUGGUUCUGCAAUAAGAGGCAAGCGCUGAAGAACACAAUCAAACGUUUGAAACAGCACGAGCCCGCCACGGCAGUUCCCAUGGAGCCUUUAACAGACCCUCUGGAAGAAAACUCCUAA